AUGAAGUUUCUCAAGUCCAACUGCAUCGGAAAAUUUGUCUGCGUGCGCGGAACAGUUAUCCGUGUCAGCACCAUCAAGCCGAUAUUGCUGUCGAUGAAUUUUCUUUGUGCAAAAUGUGGAGGAGAAAAAAGUGUUGCAAUGAGCGAUGGGAAGUUUGACUGCCCGGGUUCUUGUUUCGUCUGCAAGAACAAGUCGAUGAUCCCAGAUCGAAACUCUGCCAUCACUACAGACUGGCAAAAGGUGAGACUUCAAGAAAUCGUUACAGAUGAGAGCAGGGAGGACGGCAGGAUGCCAAGAACAAUAGAGUGUGAGCUUACAGAUGAUUUGGUUGACAAAUGUAUCCCUGGCGAUGAAAUAGCAAUAUCUGGAAUCGUCAAGGUUGUUAGUACGGAUGGCGAUGGAGGGCACCGGGGAAAGAACAAAUGCCUCUUCCUUUUGUAUAUUGAGGCAAACUCGAUUUCAAAUUCUAAGAAGGCCUCAGGAGAUAAGAGUGACACACUCGUGUUCACUUCAAAAGACUUGAAGGCAGUGAAGGAAAUCGCCAACGACUCGGAUACAUUUAAGUUGAUAGUGAACUCGAUUUGCCCAAGUAUCUAUGGGCAUGAGGUUGUGAAGAUGGCCCUAGCGCUUGCUUUGUUUGGUGGAUGCCAGAAAAACGGCGAAGAAAAGAACAAAUUGGCGGUUCGCGGCGACCCUCACAUUCUGAUAGUUGGUGAACCAGGCCUUGGUAAAAGUCAAAUGCUGCAGGCUGUUUCAGUGCUAGCUCCUCGAGGUGUUUAUGUAUGUGGCAACACAACAUCAACGGCCGGACUUACGGUGACAGUGGGCAAGGACUCUGGAUCAGGAGACUUUUCGCUGGAGGCUGGUGCUCUGGUACUAGGGGAUCAAGGUGUUUGUUGUAUCGAUGAAUUCGACAAGAUGGGAGGAGAACAACAAGCUCUCCUUGAAGCAAUGGAGCAACAGAGUAUAUCUGUGGCUAAAGCGGGUAUUGUUUGUAGCUUGUCUGCAAGAUCUGCGGUUAUUGCAGCUGCCAAUCCAAUCGGGGGACAUUACAAUCGGGCGAAAACGGUUUGCGAAAACCUGAAAAUGAGUAGGGCAAUCAUGUCAAGAUUUGAUGUGAUAUUUAUCUUGUUGGACAAUCCUGAUAUGGAAAGAGAUCAAAUGCUCUCCGAACAUGUCAUGGCAAUGCAUCGGGGCCCAAAGACUGAAAACUCAAACAACCCAAGAAAGUAUGGUUUGGAAAGUAGCAGCUCGCAAGUGUCCCCAUCUUUGUCACAGCGUUUACAAAUUCAACCGGGUGAGGUUUGGGAUCCAUUGCCACCAGUGAUUUUUCGAAAAUAUAUAGCCUAUGCAAGAAAAUACUGCAGACCAAGGUUAAGUGAAGGUGCAAAGUCUGUCAUUCAAUCGUUUUACUUGGAACUUCGCAAGAGAAAAAAUCAAAUGGACAGUACGCCUAUAACGACGAGACAGUUGGAAGCUCUGAUCAGAUUAGCUGAAGCACGAGCUAAACUUGAAUUGCAAGAAACGGUUUCAGCGGAACACGCUAUGGAUGUUGUAAAUUUAUUGAGAGAAAGUUUGAUGGAUACAUUGACAGAUGAUCUUGGAAAAAUAGAUUUCGGCAGGACCAGCGGGAUGGGCAGGAACAAGGAGGUCCAGAAGAUGUUGAAAGCUAUUCACAGAACAGCUGAGCGAGACUGUAAAACUUUGUUCACUGUUGAAGAAUUGCGAAAGAUAGCUCUAGAGAUAGGAAUAAGGAGAGCAGAUGAAAUCAUUGAGACAUUGAACCUGAACAUGGUUCUCUUGAUGAAAGGGAACCGAACGUAUCAGCUACAAACAUAUUGA